CCAUCAUUGGAAAAAUCGACUGGUGUGGUGUGGUGUGGUGGAGGCGUUUGUUUAGAAGAUAACUAAACAGUUAACAUAAAAGAGAAAAGUCUAAACACUUGUUCCGAGUCGAUUUCUUUAUUUCAAAGCCAAGAGAGAGAAAACAAAUCGAGGAUCUGAAUCGUUUUCGAUACUUGUAUGUUCUUCUUCAUUUGAGACAGCUUAUAUAUUAACAUUUAUUACCAAAAACAAAAACACCAAAAAAUCCAACACUCUCGUUAUCUUUCUUUCUCUUCUCAUCUAUUGUCUCUUGUAGCCCUAGAUCUUUUAAGGUUUAGAUCAUCAAAGGCAAAGCUUUUGUUUUUUGAGAUCUGGGCUCACACAAAGAUUCUUUUUUUUUUUUUUAUAAAUAUUCUCUCCCCAUUUUAAUUACCAUUCAGCUCGAAAGUCUCAGCUUUUUUUGGAUUUUGGUAUUGGAGUGAAGCUAAGUCAGUAAACUUUCUCAUCGUACCUACGUGCGGGUUCUGUUCAAUGUAAAGAAGUUAAAGAUUCAAGCUUUUUUUUUUUGUUCUGCAAUGGGAGAAACACAGAACCUGCACUUGUCUCCGCGACACCGAUCUUCUCUAAAGAAGCCAUUGUUGAUUGUUUUAUUAGUAUGCAUCACUAGUGUGAUCUUGGUCAUCACUUACAUGUAUCCACAACAGAACAUUAAGAACGCUGCUUGUGAAGGUUUGUCUAGUAGAGGCUGUGAAGCUGCGCUCUCUGGAUGGCUUCCUGUUCAUGUGAGGAAAUUUACGGACGAAGAAGUUGCAGCUCGAGUUGUGAUCAAAGACAUACUGAGAACACCUCCUGCUCUGACCUCUAAAUCCAAAAUAGCUUUUAUGUUCUUGACUCCCGGUACUUUGCCAUUUGAGAAGCUCUGGGAUAAGUUUUUCCAGGGUCAAGAAGGAAGAUUCUCUAUUUACAUCCACCCAUCGAGGUUAAGACCAGUUCACAUUAGCCGUCACUUUUCAGACCGUGAAAUUCACAGCGAUCAUGUCACUUGGGGAAGGAUUUCUAUGGUUGAUGCCGAGAGACGGCUUCUAGCAAACGCUCUUGAAGAUCCUGACAACCAACACUUUGUUCUUCUUUCAGAAAGUUGUAUACCGCUGCAUACAUUUGACUACACUUACCGAUAUUUGAUGCACUCAAAUGUUAGCUUCAUUGAUAGUUUUGAGGAUCUUGGUCCUCACGGGACUGGCAGACACAUGGAUCACAUGUUACCUGAGAUCCCAAGGCAAGAUUUUAGAAAGGGUGCUCAGUGGUUCACAAUGAAGCGUCAACAUGCUGUAAUAGUGAUGGCUGAUGGUCUCUACUACUCGAAAUUCCGGGAGUAUUGCAGACCCGGGGUAGAAGCAAACAAGAACUGCAUCGCAGAUGAACAUUACCUGCCAACAUUCUUCCACAUGCUUGAUCCUGGAGGAAUCUCGAACUGGUCAGUCACAUAUGUUGAUUGGUCUGAGCGUAGAUGGCAUCCAAAGACAUACAGAGGGCGCGACGUUUCACUCAAGCUCUUGAAAAAUAUCACGUCCGAUGACAUGAGUGUACAUGUAACAAGCGUUGGCAAGCGGGGAGAAGAGCUGCAUUGGCCUUGUACAUGGAACGGAAUUAGACGUCCAUGUUAUCUAUUCGCAAGGAAGUUUCACUCAGAUGCUCUUUACAAACUGGUCAGACUCUUCCCAAACUACACCAGCACAGUGGUCUGAGAGAGACACAAAUUCUUGAAACUGAACCAUACCAUUCUUGAAACCGCAACAAAGCACUUCCAUAUAUCUGGAGAUUGGAUUGGAUUAGAUUGGAUCAAAUAUUACUGUAAAUUCUCUGAAGAAUCUGAAAAAUGCUUGCUCUUGCUGGGUUUAAGUCUCUUUGAUGGGACAUGUUACUCUGCUUUUAUUAAGGUUUAGUAUAAGAACAAAAUUAGAAGCAGAGAUUUUUGGUUAAGGAGAGAUUUGGUUUUUGUGAUUUAAGCCAUUGUUCGGUUAGUGUUAACCGGUGUAUGUUGUUGUAAGGUGAAGCUAUCAGUAGUUUAGCACAAAGAGUUUAGAUUUUUUUACUGUGCUUUGGGAUAUAUAAAUAUAGAUAUAAAUAAUAAUGAACUUCAUCUAUUUACAA